AAAUUUCGCCGACCGUUUCAGGCACAUAGAUGUUUCGCAAAUUCUGGAUGCCAUAAUUCUCGAGGCUGGAUGCAACCCCCGAUCUCAAGAGGUGGCUAAACUGUGGCCAUGUGCGCUGUGGCUGUGCGGCUUAGCAUGAAUUAGGAAUGGUACGAAAUGCAUUUACCAGCUUCUGCCACCUUCCUCUUCAUGACUGCUCAGAACCUGUGGACCUCUUCAUCUGCCAGCCCCCUCCGCCAAACCAAUGUCAGAUCUAUUUGAGACGCAGAAUGAGGUCACCCAAGACGACUGUGAUACGUACGCCCAGAACCUGGUGAAGGGCUCCGUGACACCAAUGCCCUGGCAAGGCUUUCAUAGCUAUACACUGCGGUCAAACUCGGGGCUUAUCAUUCAAUUUCGAUCGAAAGCAUCGCCCCUCGACAGUUCAACGACCAAGCUUGCUAAACAAGUCCACGGCCAUCUUGCUCCAGCUACUACAUAUCACGGCUUGAUGCCCAACUCUUCGGUAUCUGUCUGGGUCAUGGAAUUCAUUGCGGGUGUUGGGUAUUUGUUCACAGCUAGCACGAUCACUACAGCUAAGCUAGAUAUCACAGUCACAGACUUCGCUAAGUUCUAUGCAGCGUCAUGGAAAAACCCCCAAUCUCCAGCCAAAGACAAACUCCAUCUCUACACCACUAAACUCAAGCAGUUGUCCACCUCCCUACCUCCUCGAUUCACGAGAAUCCUCGAAAACACACAGAAAAAUAUGGGUCUGAUAAUAGAUCUGGUGCCUUGGGUUUUGACUCACCAAGAUCUCUCGGGUAUGAAUAUCCUCGUUGAUCCUGAUAACGGCCAUAUCACUGGUGUGGUUGACUGGGCAGAUGCUACUAUCGAACCAUUCGGCAUGGCUCUAUGGGGACUAGAGAGUGUGCUUGGUUGCAGCGGCCCUAAUGGCUGGUCAUACUUUGGAAGCGAUCCUUCCUAUUCACACUUUGGAUGUAAUCCUUCCCGAUCACGAGCGCUAUUUUGGAAGACUUUGUUGAGAGAAAUCGAAUGCACAAUCCCGGAUGAAUGUCGCCAUGCUGUUAAUGAAGUUAGAACCCUUGGGGUUCUACUCCGAUAUGGUUUCCGCUGGGAAAAUGGGACGGUGAGCCCUGUGAAGGAUACUACCUACCUCGAUGUGUUUCUCAAAGAUGAGUUAAAGUUGGCUGAGGAGUCACAUGGGUCGGAAGGGACAGAUUAAUUGAGGUCAAGCUGUUUGUUCUUCUAUUGUAGGGGAGUUCUAGCUAAUGGAGGAAACGGUAAAGGGCAGUUGCUAGAGACCCUUGAGCUACUUUCAUCUGACAGGUUCCAACCCUACAUAAUCAUCCAAGAGAUUCCCUGUAACACUAUGUUACUAUUGGAUUCCCCGAAAUGCACGACACAACUUACCUAGUUAAUAACCUCAUAGCGC